AUGUUGCAUCUCUCCCAAUCACGAGGUUCAUUAUUGAAUCUCAUCCUUCUCAUCAGUUCCAUGAUGAUGAUGAUGAUGACACUCACAUCACACGUUCAUUCCCAUCUCUGUGUUUUCAAUCCCAAACAACGAGGUGCUUUGAACAUUUCAGAUUAUGGAGAUCCUACUUGUUUCAAAUUUGCAGGUCCAUGCGGUAGUAGUUAUGCCAUUGAUUUACAACAAAAUUUGAAUCAUUACUCGAUUGGUCAUCCAGGAUUUUUGGAUGUGAGUAUCGGAGCUGGAGAGAAUCCAACACCAGAACAAUUCCAAGUGUUGAGCCUUUUAACCGAUUAUUAUCCUGUGCGUCAGUGGACUCGUACUAAUUUUUCAAUUCCAUUUACGUUAGAGGCUCAAGGAAGUGUUGGAAGACAUGUCAUUCGAGUGAGAUAUCAUCCAAACAAACCAACAGAACCAGUGUUCCAUCAAUGUAUUGAUGUUGUUGUGAAUGGUGCUGAAAGUAGUCGGACUGACAGACAUGACGAUCACAAGAAGGUCAACAUUGAUAUUACUCCAUCAUUACCAGAAGUGAAAGUUGAAUUCAAUGAAAUUGCUCAAAGAUUCUUUGAGAAGAAGAACAUGGCUAGUCCAGCUGUUUCCAGUGAAAUGCUUUUCGCAUUGGUUGCUUCAAACUCAAAAACAAAUCCAAUUGGUUUGAAUUUGGUUGGUGUGGAUAUUGUGAGUGGUCAGGUCGUUCCAGUCUUGUCCUUGCCAAAUCUGGUGGGUACGGAUCAACAUGUAUUCCAACAAGGUUCAUCGUCAAAGAUUGCUGGUCGAAUUGUGAACUCUGUCUCUGCUGUCGACAAUCAAAAGAAGAGAAUUUUCUACUUGAUGAAUACUGAUACCUCAUUGAGUGCUAUUGAGAAUUUUAAUUCAGCUGCAGAUGCCAUCUUUGUGUAUGAACAUGCAACAAAUUCCUACUCCAUUCUCAAGAUUAAUGUGAGAAAUGUUCCAUUCAAUGCCACCUCGACUAUUGAUACCUUGUACAUUUCUGGUUUGAAUUAUGUGAACAAGACCAAUAGCUUGCUCGCCACUGCAUUGAUUGUUCCAGACUCGACUCGCCCUCGCGACACCUAUUUGGCCCUCUUCAAUAUUCCUCUCGAUUCAAGCUCAUUGUUGCAACCAAAACUUGUCGCAAAGAGUGCUCAACCUCAAGGUGCCUACGUAGAUUUCUUGUGGAGCACGUACGAUGACUCGUCUCAAACUGCCUCCAUCUUGAUUCGACACGAAGACGAACCACUCGCAUUGUUGCAAAGAAUUUACUCGGUGUCAUUGAACCAAAUUUCCAAUACUGUUGCCACUCUUCCUUUCAUUCAAGUGGAUCCUUCUCAAUUUGCCUAUUCCUCUAUUCACAGUUACAAGAAUCAAUUAUUUGCCUUCUCUCCUGGUAGUGCUCAAAACAGCUUGCCAGUCUCAGCCUCCAACACUUGGAAUUUGAUUGGAGUGGAUUCAAAGAGUGGACAACAAAGCUUAAUCAAUGAAAUGUACGAAUACAGAAAUUAUUUGGGAGGUGGAGUUGUGAGUGCAGUCUCCAAUACAGGUCGAGGAAUUUAUAAUGUCAUGCAAUCCACUGAUGGCAAGAAUCAAAUUAUUGUUCGUGUUGCACUUCAUGCCAUUCCAAUUAAUCCAAUUACUGAAGUUGCCACUGUACCAAUGACCACUAGAAUUUAUAACUGGGUGAGAAUGGACACUAAUUAA